AUGUCACAAAGGUCAUUCGGCGGUUCAUCCGUCUACUCGAGUGACUCAACAUGGACAACUACAUAUAAAAGGAUCCCCAAGAAACAGCCCAUGGCUAUUCGUUUCCUCUCAUGGGCUGCCGGAGCACCUUCUGGAGCCACUGCUCUAAAGAAGAGAACCAGAGACUUUGACGAUGACCGUUCUGUCAGGUCUGGCGGUUCAUCCUUCUCUUACUGGAAUGAACCAGAAACACAACUCUACUGGGUAGCUCACCCUCAUGGAUACGACUACAGCGGCGGCAGCAGAGGUAGCAAUGCCGGUAGCAGCCGCAGCAAGAGAAGCGGACGAAGUAGCAAGGGCAGUGGAGGUGGCUCCCGUAAACACUUUGACGGAGCCGUUCCCCGACCAUCGGUACAACCUAUGGGGAUGCCGAUGCCGAUGCCGAUGAACGCCGGCCCACCUCCACCUCCGGCUCCGAUGGGUCCACCCAUGGGCGGAGGUUUCGACCCCGGGUUCGAAGGAGGCUACGAUGAUGGGGUUUACGACCAAGGACAAGGUUACGAUCCUGGGUAUGGAGGAGGUUACUCUCCUGCCCAUAUGCAUGGCCCUACUCCUCCUAUGCCACCACCUCCAAUGAACGCCCCAAUGCCUGAUGCCGCGCCCUUUAUCAACGUUACUGGUCAAAAUCAACCAGGCAAUCCGUUCCAGGGAGGUCGAAGUGGUCCCCGAUCAGAGAGCGAGUGGAGUUCUGACUGGAGUGAUCAAGAGAUGUAG